AUGAAAAGAUUACUUUUCUAACUAUUGAAAAAUGGUAGAGAGAGGCCAAUCUUUUUUAUGAUAUAUUAAAGAUAGAAUUCUUUAGAAAAUAAAAAUUUAUGGAAACUUCUUUUUAUGGAAGAACAAAUGAUUAAAAAAAAUAUUAGUUAAGAAUUAAAAAUUUAAUGUUUACAAUAGAGAAUAAUUGUGAAUUACGUUAUUAUUAAUUAAAAGGAUAUAUACUAUAGUAGAUAGGAUCUGAAAUUAGAUUUUUAGAGACACUUCGACUGCUAUUCUUUAAUCUGUUGA